AAUCACCGCGUCCUGACAGUUGAUAACAAUGGCUUCUCUUCGAAUUGCAGAUAUAUAUCGGCCUAAGUCUACGGAUCUUGAGGCUGUGAGGCCAUCCAUCACGAAUGUGAAACAUUUAUCCUCGUAUAAUUGGAUCGAAUCGCGAACCCCGACAAUUGCCGUUCCCGGUUGUCCUCCUCUGUGGUCUCCACCCAGAUCCUCUAAAAAGGUAGACAAGGAUUCUGGGCUCAUUUACGUCGCUCAAAACGCGGCUCGCUACCCUGAAAGUCCACUUGAGCCACUUUUCCGUUCGCUGUACAUCGAAAAUCCCUCCUACGAUAUAUGUGCAGUUGACCUGAUAACUGAUCGAAAUAACCUUCGCAAACUUCUCGCAUUUAUCAAUCCGAGUCUGUCUAAACAUGAACUUAAACCUUUUACCAUCGAGGUUGAGGUCACGAACGAUACAGCGAUUUUUUGUCGGGCCGAAACCAAAGCAAUAGAUUUUAUCAAGCCCAACGAAUUCAAGGGUUACGGUCAUGAGUUUGAAAAAGCAUUCACCACUUCUCAAAUAGCUGGCAGUACUGGUCACCAUAGAAUUAUUUCCUACGACUUUGGUGGUUUGAAGCUCAUAGUACGCUACGAAACUGACGCCUAUAUCGAGCUUCCAGAACCUCAAGGUCAGGUAGAGUCAGAAAAUGGAGAUCUACUAAACAUGAUGGGCAAAUUAACUCUUGCACAAACCGACAAUCCGUCCGACAUUCCUUCUAAGACCAAGUUAGGGACCAGGAGGCAAGGCAAACAUGUACCAGUCCAUUCAAUUCUUGAGAUCAAGACACGCGUGUUACACAAGCCUAUCGGCAUGCAAGAGGUCCUCCCACAAUUAUGGGUCUCCCAAACAACCAACCUUGUCCGGGCCUACCACAAAGGCGGCGUCUUUUACCCACCGGAUGUCGAAGACGCGACACUUGAGAUCAAUAACUGGGAGAAAGUCCAUGCGAAUGAUCUUCAAAUGUUGGUCUUACUGAUCAAAGAUAUCAUCAAAGUGGUGAGAGAAAACGACGGUAGCGCAGUUAUCAAACACGACGGUCGGAAAAAUCAUCUGGAGGUUUGGACGAGAGAUGGAAGCAGGAUGUUACCAGUUGAUCUAUAUUCGAAGUUCCAUCAUGAAUCAAAGUCGACCCAAGCGAUUGAAUCGGAUUCUCGAAAAUAGCACUGAGAAUCGGAGACACCUCUUACACUAUCGACGUCUCAAGGAUAUUGUGUUUAUCGGCAUACGUUAGGUCGCAACCGCCUUGCUCAGACACAAUGUACAAAUUUUAUUUACCACGAUAUUGAUUUCUUUGAUAUCGCUCUCAGGGGUUCGAAUCGGGCUACAAACACUUUUUGGCUCUUUACAAGACGAUAUCCCUCAGUAUCACAUUCUUCAGGAGAUAUGACUUCCUUGGGAUCGACGUACUUGAAGGGCGGUUUGAUGAUCUAUUUGUGAGUCUGUGAGCCUGCAAAACCAAUUACAAUUACGGCUUAGGUUCUGGGAAACAAAUUUGCAGACUUCAGGGUAGGCAUGGCAGUUGUGCAAGGCACUAUAUUCUCGGGUUUCGUAGACAUCGGUAUGAAACUCAUCUGAACCAAAGGAGUGGUGUACUGGUCGGAUUGGUGGUUAUCGUGUAAUCCCUGCGCGUCU